CUCCCAUACUGUAGAUGGCAUCAAUUCGUCUUCCUGUCGAUUUCCUUAGUAAAUACGUCACCAGUGUGCGACCUGAUGUUCAUGAAGUCCUAAAAAAAUGGCGGAGUCAGACUUGAAAAAGGUUAUUAAGUUGGUUCCAGAGAAUCUUCUAAAGAGGAGGAAGGCUUAUCAAGCAGUCAAAGCUACAGAAGCUAAGCUAGCGCUGCAGCAGAAGAGAAAGAUUCAGCGUGGUCGCCCUGUGAGGUUCAAGCGGUUGGAGGAGUUCCUGCAUGAGGGCAAGCAAAAGCACCGAGAUGACAUUCGCUUGAGGUUGGCCAGCCGCAUGAGGCCCCCGGCCCUGCCUCCUGCCAAGAACCGGCUGGCCUUCGUAGUCCGCAUCAAAGAAAUCAAAGGCGUCAGUCUUGAAGUCAGGAAAGUUAUCCAGAUGUUUCGUCUGAGGAAGAUAUUCAGCGGCACCUUCGUUAAGAUAAGCAGGACUUCCUUGAGCAUGCUGAAGGCUGUGGAGCCCUAUGUGGCCUGGGGAUUCCCCAACCUGAAGUCAGUACGUGAGCUGAUUUUGAAGAGAGGAAAGACCAGGAUUAACAAUAAGGAGACUCCUCUUACAGACAAUGCCAUCAUUGAGGAACAUUUGGGGAAGUGUGGGAUCAUCUGCCUUGAAGACCUCAUCCACGAGAUAUUCUCCACUGGGAAGAACUUUCGAGUGGUCAAUAACUACUUGUUGCCGUUCCCACUGUCUGUGGCGCGCCAUGCAGCAAGGGAUAAGGCUGGCUUGAUGCGUGAUAUUGGGAAUACGGGUGCCAGGGGUGAGGACAUCAACAAAAUCAUCAGACUGCUCAACUGAAGAAGCGGAAUUGUAAAAUACCGCAGGACUGACCAUGUGACACUGAAACAGAUAUUUGCUGUCUUUAGCACAGUUAAUGCUUUUUUUGAAUUUCAUUUUAUAUCACUAUAGUGAUAGUCUGACAUCUACAAGAAAAUUAUCAACAGAAAAUAUUUUUAAACUUCAAGAACUGGGUAUUAUUUACCAACAAUGCCAGAGCCCCCAAAAAUGAGGUCAUGAACUCGUUCUGGCUUCCUCAUCCAUGAUGGCUUUUCCUGUAUUUCUCUUGGCUGGUUCAGACAGUGAUGGAAGUGGCUGUUUCAGUGGCCUCCUUGUCGCAUCAGGAAGAGGGUGUCUGAUUUCCCAAACCAGGUAGCUUAACUGGCAUGCGGCUCCCACGCAGCCUCGGCCAGUUUGACCAGUUUUCGAGUUCUGCACUCCGUUUUCAUCCACGAUACAUAAUGAUGGUGCUUAAUGCUUGGAGCUCCUGCUGUUUUCCUCCGGCGUGUAUGUAAAGGCCUGAAUGUCCUUGGGAGAACGUCUGGAGCCGGUAGACCUGCCGACGUGGAAUGUUCUGCGAGGUGUGAUCAGAAAGCACCCAAACUGAACACCGGCGAAGGCACGUCAGAGCUGCAGGCGUCACUUGUUUGAGAAUCCCAAUCCUCCUGCACUUUCUUUCUUUUUGCAUCGAAGAACCUGACUUCUGAUUGGCCAUUUUUACAAGCAGAAGAUGCACCUCCCAUUCUUUGCUUUAGAUUCUUUUUUUAAAAACUGUCAAUAAAGAAUUUGAUUAUCCUGCAGGAUUUUUUUUCCUCAAUAAAAUGUAAACUAAUAUACCAA